AUGGCAGUUGCUGAUCAACUCGUCAUUAUCACAGAGGUUAUACUAAAGCGGAUUACUUCUUAUUAUUUCCCUGGUUCUUUCCUUCAAAUAACAGUUGUGUGCAGUAUUAUUAAAGUCCUGCGUCGGUCAUCAAUAGAUAACUCUGUCUGGUUAACCGUUGCUUUCUCUUUUGAUCGUUUUAUUGCCAUUUGUUACCAGAAGCUGAAAGCAAAGUACUGUACAAAUAAGAAUGCAGCAAUGGUAAUUGCUGCAAUCUGCAGUCUGCUUUGUUUAAAAAACGUUCCCUUUUAUUUCACAUACAAACCAAAGGAGAUAAUAAACAACGUACAAUGGUUCUGUGAUAUAAAGUCAAGCUUUUACACUGAUGCUGCUUGGUUCGUAUUUGACUGGCUUGACACGAUAUUAACACCGCUGCUUCCAUUUGCUAUCAUUAUGUUGCUCAAUGCUCUGACAGUCAGGCAUAUUCUGGUGGCAAAUCAAAUCCGGAAGGGACUGAGAGGGCAAAGCAAGGGUUGUAAUCACAAUGAUCCAGAAAUGGAGAGCCGAAAAAAGUCUAUAAUUUUGCUCUUCGCUGUAUCAGGGAGUUUCAUACUUUUGUGGCUUUUAUAUGUCCUGCAAUUCUUCUACUAUAUCAUUGCUAAAACCAGUGGCCCCAAGGAUAAUGACUCUUUAUACGUCUUUGAGCAAGUUGGAUAUAUAUUUCGCAGUUUAAGUUGCUGUACAAAUACCUUUAUUUAUGGAGUGACUCAGACAAAGUUCAGAGAGCAGUUCAAGAACGUGAUGAAACGCCCAUUCACGCUUCUUUUUGAAGUGAUGAAUAAUAAAAUACGUCUGAAAUGA